AUGUCUCGGCUGUCCACCGUCACCUUCCACUCCAGUGGCAGCCGCAGGGGCUUCAGCACAGCCUCUGCCACCACCCCAACUGCUGGCCGCACCCGCUUCAGCUCUGUCUCUGUGGCCCGCUCCUCAGGACACAGUGGGGGACUGGGCAGGAUCAGUGGUGCUGGUGCUGGUGCGGGCUUUGGAAGCCGCAGCCUCUACAACCUUGGGGGGACCAAGCGAGUCUCCAUUGGUGGGUGUGCUGGUAGUGGCUUUCGGAGUGGCUUUGGUGGCAGGGUAAGCAGUGGGUAUGGGGUCAGCAGUGGCUUUGGUUAUGGUGGUGGCAUUGGAGGGGGCUAUGGUGGUGGCAUUGGAGGGGGCUUCGGUGGCUCUGGCUUCCCUGUCUGUCCCUCUGGAGGCAUUCAAGAAGUCACCGUCAACCAGAGCCUCCUGACUCCCCUCAACCUGCAAAUCGACCCCACGAUCCAAAGGGUGCGGAAAGAAGAGCGCGAACAGAUCAAGACCCUCAACAAUAAGUUUGCCUCCUUCAUCGACAAGGUGCGCUUCCUGGAACAGCAGAACAAGGUCCUGGAGACCAAGUGGAACCUCCUGCAGGAGCAGGGCUCCAGGACUGUCAGACAGAACCUGGAGCCCUUCUUCGACGCCUACCUCAAUGACCUCCGCCGGCAGCUGGAUGGCGUCACUGCAGAAAGAGGCAGGCUGGAUGCUGAGCUGAGGAGCAUGCAGGAGGUCGUCGAAGACUUCAAAGUCAGGUAUGAAGAUGAAAUUAACAAGCGCGCCGCUGCUGAGAAUGAGUUUGUGGGCCUGAAGAAGGAUGUGGAUGGAGCCUACAUGAACAAGGUGGAGCUGGAGGCUAAGGUUGACUCUCUGACCGACCAGAUCAACUUCUACCGGAUGAUCUAUGAGGCCGAGCUGUCUCAGAUGCAGAACCAGGUGAGCGAUACCUCUGUGGUUCUCUCCAUGGACAAUAACCGCAGCCUGGACCUGGACAGCAUCAUCGCCGAAGUGAAGGCCCAGUAUGAGGACAUUGCCAACCGCAGCAGGGCAGAGGCUGAGUCCUGGUACCAGACCAAGUAUGAGGAGCUGCAGUUGACAGCUGGCCGCCAUGGCGACGACCUGAGAAACACCAAGCAAGAGAUCGCAGAGAUGAACCGGAUGAUCCAGAGGCUGAGAUCUGAGAUCGAUGGCGUCAAGAAGCAGUGUGCCAGUCUGCAGACUGCUAUCUCUGACGCUGAGCAACGUGGAGAGCUAGCCCUCAAGGAUGCUCGGGUCAAGCUGGUGGACCUUGAAGAUGCCCUGCAGAAGGCCAAGCAGGACAUGGCCCGGCUGCUGCGCGAGUACCAGGAGCUCAUGAACGUCAAGCUGGCCCUGGACGUGGAGAUCGCCACCUACAGGAAGCUGCUGGAGGGCGAGGAGUGCAGGCUGAGCGGAGAGGGAGUUUCCCCAGUGAACAUCUCUGUGGUCACUUCAACAGUUUCCAGUGGCUAUGGUGCUAGCAACAAUAUUGGAGGUGGAAGCCUGGGUCUUGGUGGGAACAGUGGCUACUCCUUCACCACCAGUGGUGGGCACAGCCUGGGUACAGGUCUGGGAGGAUCUGGUUUCACCACCUGUAGCAGCCGAGGCCCAGUGGGCAGUGGCUCCAGUGUCAAGUUCAUUUCCACCACAUCAUCCAGCAGGAAAAGUUACAAGCACUAA